CACACAGACACACACUCAAAGAGCACCCUUUCACAGGAAGAGCCGCUAUCACUUCUCUGAUACACACACACAGAGGAAGCACUGACACUGAACCUCUCACCAUUGUUCCAUAAACAGGAGUUGCUCCACAGAUGGAUUGACUCCCUCUUUCAAGAGUUUGACUGAUGAAAAAAAGUGGGCUGUUAUUUGUUGUGUUUGCACCUGAUCUAAGAGUCUACCCCGGGAGUGUAAUAGUUUUGUUCUACAUGGGAUCGGAUAAACACUCAUCCACAGUCAUGCAGCCUGAGGACCCUGUUCGACAGGACAUGCAGUUCUACUAUGUGGGUGACCAUACGUGGGCUACCAUGCUGGGGCAGAGCUUGAGGCUGCAGCCAGUUCCAAUCCAAAGUCUCUCUGAGCUGGAAAGAGCACGUCUGCAGGAGGUGGCCCUUUACCACUUGGAAAAAAGAGACCUGGAUUUUAAGAUCGGCAUCCCUAGAGAGAUUCGUAAGAGGAGGAAAUCACUAAGGAGAAAGUUUGACUCCUUUUCAAAAGAAAAGAAAGAACGAGAGAAUGCAUCCAAGGCCUUUGGUAUCCCUCUCACCCAAGUAAUCGCAAAUGACCGGGCUCACAAGCAACGGCAGGAUGCAUUGAAAGAGAGUCGUCGGGACUGUCUGGACCUUGAGGCCAGUGUACUACGCUUCCGUGCUGAAAAAUGGCAGCACAAUGGAAACCGGCAGCUGUGCAAUACAGUCUUAACACCUGGUGCUGCCUCCUCACCGGCAGUGGAGGGCCACAGCAAAUCUCUAUCGUCAGCGUUCAUGGAUAACACCUCACGGACACACAGACGGGGAGGGUUGUCUGUAGACUCCAUCUCUGAUCUGGUUGAGAGUCAGUCCAGAUUACUAGAAGCUCUGCAGCUGUCUCACCCCAAUGAGCUGGAGUUGAAGAAGACUUCAGCUGGUCUUACACAGGCCAAGCUGAGUCUCAACCCCAUCUAUAGACAAGUCCCCAGAGUGGUGGAGCGCUGCUGUAACCACAUUCAGACUUACGGAUUACAAACUUUGGGAAUUUUCCGUGUAGGCAGCUCCAAAAAGAGAGUUCGUCAGCUUCGUGAGGACUUUGAUAGUGGGAUAGAUGUCAUGCUAGACGAGGAACACAGCGUUCAUGAUGUGGCUGCAUUACUGAAGGAGUUCCUGAGGGACAUGCCUGACCCACUAUUGCCGCGAGAACUCUACCGUGCUUUCCUGCACGUUAACUUGUUGAGAGGGGCUGAUCAGUUGACGUACCUGCAGCAGUUAUUGUACCUGUUGCCGCCCUGCAAUUGUGAUACUCUACUGAGGCUCCUCACCCUUCUACAUACAGUACAGGAAAACGCACAGAACUCUACUGGCCCCAACAAGGAGGAGAUCUCAGGUAAUAAGAUGACGGCAGCCAACCUGGCAGUGAUCUUUGGGCCCAACCUCCUACAGAAGGAGAGAGGAUCAGAGAGAGAGCUUAGUCCUCAAGCUUUGGGCAUAGAGGAUAGUACAGCCGUCAUCUCUGUCACCCUGCUGCUCAUCCAGAACCACAAACGCCUCUUUACGGUGUCUGCUGAGCUCCAGCAGGAGGUGCUAAUGAGCCUCAUUCAGACAGACCCUGAUGUCAUUGACUAUCUGCUGCGCAGGAAAGUCAGUAGUAGUGGUUGUCCGAUAAUGGAAACAGAGUCUGAUGGAAGGAGGGACACACAGGUGUCUCUGGACUCUGUGAGUCAGUCCAGUGAUGACUUUCUCUUCCCAGAGACAUCUGCAAUUGGAAGCUUGAGCAGUGAGGUUUUCCUCAAUGCUCUUCACCUCAACACCAAUAGAAAACGGUCCCCUGAGGCUCCUGCCAAGUCCAUUGGCCAAAUAAGGCAGUUUCAUUCCCACCACAACCUGCUAAGUCUUGCCCAGCCUUCCCUCAAUGCCCAGAGUGAUAACACUGAGUUCCAAGAGAGUAGACAUGGUGGUUCAAGACAGACCUGGUCAGAAGAGCGCCUUCAUUUCAGUCUGGUACGGCAGGAUAGUGGCUCUCAACCGCAGAGCCCUAGAGAGAAGGGUAUCUGGGUCCGACAGAACUCCAAUGCCUCAUCCACGACGUCAGAUGACAGCAAGCCAAGCAACUUCUGGGACUUUUUCACUGGCAAGGUGUCAGGCUCAGAGACUAUAAUACCGGUGGUCAGAAGCCCCUCACUGCAAAACUUCUUCAACAACCAAUCACAGUGUGAGAAAAAAUAAGUGGAAUGGAAGAUAGAUUUAUUGUUUGAAGAAUAAGAUAUUUUUGAUAUCUUUUGACCAUUUGGAGAACAUGCUCUGAACUAUGAAACAUGUUAUCAUUGAACCACAAGGGGGUGAUAUUUACUGGUGUUCAGCUUCAAAAUUACAUGUCUGAAUUUAGUGUUUCACAUGACUAGGUCUUGGUCCAAAUCCCUGAAUUUAUCUCCUUUACUGGCAGACUCACUCUGUUGAGUUGGAUGGGUAAAAGAAUCAUCAUCAAUCCAGUAUGGUUGAGUAUUUGCCCCAAUAACUAAAAGAUUUAACUGUACAGACUGGGCCUUCAAGUCUAGGUGAGUCUUAUACAAAAUGAUUUUCCUAAAGCAUUGCUUUUCUGCCCACCGUCCAGGACGCAAUCUGGAUUUUUCACUCUAAUCCCAAAUCACUACACCAAACUCAAAUGUAAAUCAACUCAAGAACUUUCUUUCUUAGACUAUAUAGACUGUGCUGAGUUGAAGCCAGACUUUCUUUGUCUACAUCUUGAAGAAAAAUUUAGUAUUGAACUACUCAUUUUAAAAAGAGAGACUCAUUUUUGGCUCUCAAAAGGCAAGGAAUAGCACAGACAUAUGGUAAAAAAGAGACUAGAUAAUAUUUUAGCACAUCACUAUUACACUGCCUUUCUAAACAGCCCAAAUGGUUAAUAUUUCUAAAUAGGAACAGCAUAUUUUACUUUUGAUGUGCAAAAUAAUUAACUGUCAAAAUAGUUACCUACCCGAAAGUGAUCACAUCACUGCAAUCUAUGAUUGCUUGAAUCCACAUGUGUUGUCUAGUUUAAUUACAACACAAAGAAACAGAGACCAUGUGUACCCCUUUGAAGUGGUUGGUGUGUGUUUAUGUUUGUUUUUAUUAGGGACAGGGUGAUCCAGUCCCAUCUUUCAUCCACACUGUCCACUCCAAAACCAGAACAUUCACCUGGUUUACAAUUUGUACAUUGCUUUAUCAAAAGUGCACUUUUUUUCGAAACCAGUAUGGAAUAAACAUUAUUACACAAUGUUAAGGGAAGGGCUGGGAAUGAAACAUAAAACUAAUGCCACUCCAAAUUCUACCUGAAUGUCAGCAUGACAUGGCAUUUGAUUGUAUUCAUCUAAAUUUUGUUUCUGUCUGACUGGUAACGCCAAAACUAGCUAGCACUCUGGUUAUUGUUACUGCAAUCAGUGCAUAAAUGUUUCUAUGACUAUAAACAACAUGAUGCGUGUGUGUUUUUUCUUUUUUUUCCCCCCAAUCUUAUGGCAUUAAUCAGAUCAUUCCAAGCAAACACGAUCACCCAUACAGUUCUGCUACAACAAUCUCCCCACAUAACAUACAACAGCCCUGGUCCACGUCCAAAUCAAGUGUAAAAUGUAAAACAUUAGAAUAUCAAAGAAAAGUAAUAUUUAACAUAUAUAAUUACACAUAAAUAAAAUAAAGAAAUAAAAGAGCCCAAAUAAAUGUUUCUGCUCCCACAACUACUAGAUCACAAGCCAAUUUAAAAAAAGAAAAUAUCCAGUUAAGUUUGCAUGGAGAAGCCUUAUUCAAAUGUAAAGACACAUCUACAAACACUCCUCCAUAGCAUGUGUAAAUGAGUAAUUUACAUGACAAAUGUCAGUUUGACACAUAUUUGGGUCUACUUCAGUUCAGCCAAAAAUGAAAAUUAUCAUUAUUUACUCACCCUCAUAUCCCAGGUGUGUAUGACUUUCUUCACCAGAACACAUUUGAAGAAAAAUAGAAAAAUAUCUUAGCUCAGUAGGUCCUUAAAAUGCAAGUGAAUGGAGAUUUCUCUUGUAAAGCUCCAAAAAAUCACCUACAGUCAGAAUAAACAUCAUUGUUACAACUGAAGCGGUUAAAUUAAUGUCUUCUAAAGCAUCACGAUUGCUUUUGGUGUGAAAAAAUAUAAAUAUUUAAGUACUUUUUAACUAUAAUCCAAUGCUUCAGGAGAGGCUGGAGUCAAAGCGUCCUCUCGUGUGAUGUAUUCGCGUUACCAUGGAAACAGAUGUAAUCUCACAUUCCCCACUCGGUUGAGACAUCCAGGAUAAGCACACAAACGCACCACUGUGAGUAAAGAAACAGAAAUACAGAUCUAAACCAAAACCAACCUAGGUACUGUACAGUGUUCCUUCUCACUUGUAAACAGCGCUGCUCUUCCGGUUGUGUGUCACGUGCAUCAGGUCUUGCAUGUUUCAAAUGCCAAUGUAAUUACGUCACACGCGCAUACUGCUGCCCGGAGGCAUGAUUUAGAGUAAAAAAAAAAAAAGAAAAAAAAAAA